UUAUAUUCUGUAUCACUAUGUGAAAUAAAAAGCUUUUUUAAGCGAUGGUAUACCCCAUGAUUGCAAACAAUUUUACCCUUAUUAAAAUUCACGAAUUAUGGAACCUAUUACAGCUUCAAAGACGACGACAAGAAUAAAUACUCAACAAAUUUAUCCACAACAAAAUAGUAAUAGGAAGUUACAGGUAGUUGCUGAGUCUUCAAAUAACGGUGGUAGUAGAGAAGGAGCUAAUGGUGAUAUUGAAGGACUGGAAGAAAAUGAGGCAUUCGCUGAAUCUGGGGGUACUUCAUCGGCAGGAGAUCCUUUUCUUCUAGUGUCCCUAAGAGAUUCAAAGAAUCCACCCCGUAGACCAAAAAAUGCUUCAUAUUUAUAUAUGCUUGCACUAUUGGAUUUAAGCAUUAUAACCAUUUGUACGAUUCUACUGGUGCAUAAAGACAAUAAAGGUUAUUGGCAUUGGAGAAAAGCAGCCUGGGAUUGGGUUGCACUUGGACUUAUAAGAUUUAUAAUAGUUGUAGGAGUAGCAUCUUCUAAAUGGAUUAGGGACUUACAUUUAAUUUUAGGAAGUGUUGUUUGUUUUUCUUCACUGUAUAUAAUUUUCAAGUUUAAUUUAAUUUUCCAGUAUAAAAAAUCGAUUGAUAAAUAUCGUAUUACUCUUCUUAUAUCAUCCUUCCUCUUUUGUAUAAUACAUUGGAUAGCAUACAUAGUUGUUACGACAGAUAAUCGUCGUCGAGAAAGGUUUCUAAAAAACCGAUCAAUCUAUUUUGAAGAGGAAAAUGUUCCUGGAAAUAUUCCUAAACCUCCCACUAUUCGAUCGUAUGGCGCAACUGCAAAUCGAGAUGAUGAAAUUGGUGUUUUAAAUAACGACGACAAUAAUUAGAGGAAAUAAAUAGAAUAUAUUUAUUUUAAUUGUAAAGUAGUUCUUUAUUAUACUGUAAUUCUAUCAUACAAACAUUAUCAUUUUUAUAAUAAAUAAUCAUAUCGUGUAA